UUCUUCGUAGCUGUGCAUCAAAGAAUGCUAUUUUUCCUUUUAAUAAUGCAGUUUUUUUACAACUUGGUGGAAAAUGGAGCAAUGCAAAAUUUGUGGAAGAAAUAAAAAACAAUCCGCCCUGACGACUCGGCCAUUCGAGUUCGAUUUAGAGCCAUUUGAAGAAGAUCGAGAACUGUCCCAUUUCCUGUACCGUUUAACGCAGGACAUUAUAAGCACGAAGAACUUUUCCGAUGAUAACAUCAAUCGCAUUUGUGCAAAACACUUGAACAGGGCUGUGUAUCCCGACAGACAGCGCCUGCAGGAGGUGGUGCAGGAUUUGAAGAAUAAAUUGCACAUUUCGCGUAAGGAUGGACAAGUAAAAGCUUCCCCCAAAGCGGAAAAAUUAGUAUACGAUGAUAGCAGCAGCACGACGGUGCACAAUAAAUUGUGCAAAAUGGAAGACAAAAUCAUUAGUGCACAAUCGCUUAUUAAUGUUCCCACACUAUUACUGAAAGAUCAACCCAGUUCGAUUAGUACGAUCACAACGUACGAUUUUCCAUCUUCAGAUGAACCAACGAUGCAGCCCCUUCAGCUACUAAUAGCAACGAGCGCGCGGAAAAGUACAACACCACAAGCUUCAAAAACCACACUGCAAACCAUUUUCCUGAAAGCCGACUACAGUGACCGGUCAGUAAAUUGUCCCGCUGAAUCAGUUAACAGCUCAGUCAUUGCAAUUGCCCGGAUGGUCGCGGCAAGCCGAACUCCCGAAAGUGAAUGUAGGACCUGUCCGCUGGGAAAGGGAGGUACUCAUCGGAAUGUUGUGCGGGGAAAUAGUUCGAAAAAGCUGGGUAAAAAGUAAAAAUUUUUUUUUCGUAGCUGUAGGGGAAAAAUUCAUGGUAGAUUUUUGCUCAUUCAAACAAAUUUUCCAUCACAAAAACGAACAAAGUGUUGGUGCCAUUGGUUUACAGUGUAGCGGAAUCAGAACACUGUCGUACCCCUCGCAUAACUGUCACAAAUUCAAAGUCCGUGCUGCCAGUACGUUCGCAUGUACAGGUUUUAUUUUUCAGAUUAUGUUUAACGAUAUAUCAUCGCUCUAAUUGUUCCGGAAUGUGUGUAAAUAAUAAAAAUUUUACAAAUAUAAA